GUGUAAGACUUAUAUUAUUCGAAAUUAUUCUCCUCGAGCUUACUGAUGAGUAUUACUUUUGUAUUACUUGUGAAUUACUUCUUUAUUUAUUUCUAGUCUUUUGAACGACUUUUUUCUUCUUCUCUCACAGUUAUAGAUUUUCGAUUCUAGAGAAGAGAGAAGAGCUGAGAGAAGAUUGAGAGAGAGUUGCUCAGACCGAUUGAUUGAUUACUUUUACGGGUUCCUUCUAGCAAGCUUCUACGCCGUAUAGGUACAUAUAUCCCCUCGACUAUCUCUCUUCAGGAAUAAUUUAUUUUACGUGUGUGAAUGACAUCAUUCUGUACCAAGUAAGUAUACCGUCCGUCUGACCAGUUUGAUCAUGAAUUAUAUCUCGCAAACAAGAAGUGUACUUCUUUUUUUCCAAUCGUUAUUAACUUUUAAAUAUCCUUCUCCCAUUUCCUUUUUGUACAUUUCCUCUCAUUUUAAUCUUUGGUUUUUGCAAAAGUUCGGCGUCGCGAGAUUAACUUUUGUUCGCAUAGUAUCGCGUAAUACAUAUUCAAUAUGGCGGGUAUUAUUAAUACGCCAACCUCCAGUGAUGGAAAUCACAUCAACGACACCGAAACCUCUUCACAAACAUCUAAACGUGGUGGAAUGUUCGAGCAUGGAUCUCAUGAUGAGAAUCUAGCUCAAGGACAUCCUCCUCGUGCAAACCGUGUGGCUCAUUUUCCAUCUGGUAGCAAUGAAAAUGUGGUAACAGCCGUCAAAGCAUCCGACAAAAUCGAAAUAAAUGAAGAGGAUUGUUGGGGUCAAUUGGGAUAUUCUUUUCCAACCUACAAAAAAUGGAUGAUUCUAUCCGUUAUUUUCUUGGUUCAGGUUUCCAUGAACUUUAAUACCAGUUUAUACUCCAAUGCCAUCGGAGGGAUUGUCGAUGAAUUCGGUGUCAGUGCACAAGGGGCCAGAUGUGGUGCCGUGGUUUUCUUAAUUCUUUAUGCCUUUGGUUGCGAAUUAUGGGCGCCAUGGUCGGAAGAGUUGGGACGCAAGCCUGUUCUACAAGCUUCCUUAUUCUUGGUCAACAUUUGGCAAAUCCCUGUUGGGAUUGCUCCCAAUUUUGCAACUAUCAUGGUCGGUCGUGCGCUGGGUGGUCUGUCAUCGGCUGGUGGCUCCGUCACUUUGGGUAUGAUUGCUGAUAUGUGGGAAGCCGAUGAUCAACAAUAUGCUGUUGCAUUUGUAGUGUUUUCGUCUGUUGGUGGAAGUGUCUUAGGUCCUGUUGUUGGUGGUUUCGUCGAAGCUAAUUUGGCUUGGAGGUGGAAUAUCUGGAUUCAACUUAUCUUUGGUGGGGCCGUACAACUUCUGCAUUUAUUUCUUGUACCUGAGACAAGAUCUACUAUCAUGAUGGAUAAAAUUGCGAAGAAGAUGCGAAAGAGUGGUGAAAAUCCAAACAUUUACGGUCCAAACGAACUUACGCCAUUCAAGGAACGAUUUUCCAUGAAGGAAACCUUGAUUACCUUUGUCAGACCAUUCAAAAUGUUCUUGACAGAACCAAUUGUCUUGACAUUGAGUUUGUUAUCUGGUUUCUCUGAUGCACUCAUCUUCAUGUUCAUUCAAUCCUUUGCUCUUGUCUACAAGCAAUGGGGUUUUGGAACUGUUGAGCUGGGUCUCUCCUUUAUUCCUAUUCUGGUCGGGUACUUCAUCGCUUGGUUCGCAUUCAUUCCUGCCAUCAAACGCAACAUUAAGCAACGUGCGAAUAAACCAGACGAUGAACACGCCCAAUUCGAAUCUAGACUUUGGUUCUUGCUUUAUACAGCACCGUGCCUACCAAUAGGUCUCAUUGGUUUUGCCUGGACAUCUACUGGUCCACCGAUUCACUGGAUCGGUUCAUGCGUGUUCGCAGCUGUAGUCGGUAUCGCCAAUUAUAGUAUCUAUAUGGCAACAAUAGAUUAUAUGAUUUGUGCCUAUGGGCCAUACUCAGCUUCUGCAACGGGUGGAAAUGGAUGGUCUAGAGAUUUCUUAGCUGGUGUUUUGACCGUUCCUGCUACCCCUUUCUUCCAAAGUAUGUAUUAAUUUUCUUGAUAUUAAUUCUUAAAAAGACCUGCAACUGACAGAUAUCCUUAGAUAUGUCAUCCGACCCAUCCCGCUCCCUUGCAUACGCCUCUACAAUUCUCGCUUGUAUCUCCUUCGUUCUCGUAAUUGCAGUUUACGUCAUCUACUGGAAAGGACCAGUUCUUCGCAAACGUUCACCUUUCGCACAACAAUUAUCCGAUGCCAAAGCUGCACAUAACGAAAUAAUUUAUGAGAAGGAACAUCAUGUUGGCCCGGAAUCUGGAGCGCCAACCCAUCUUUCAAGAAUGCCAACUGGAGCGAGGGCAAGAAGUUUUGCUCGUUCUCAACAAGAUUUGAGAGUGAGACAAAACACAGGUAGUAGACCGCAUAGUAUAUUUGACAAGAGCAAUCCAAAUAGUAGGACAAACUCGAGAGCUAACUCGAGGGCAAAUAGUCCAGUGAGAAGGGAAAUGGCGGACGCGCAUGAAGCGAUGAAUGUUCAGCAUAACCGUGAUUUGGGUGAUAAAGAUAUGGUUUAGGGAGAAGAGGAGAAAGAAGAAUAAUGGGGAAAAGAAACGAACUUUGUUUGGUAAUGAUGGUUUAUGAAGUGAAUGACCUGGGAUUCGGUGUUUGGUGUUCAUUAACUUCUUCAAUGGAUUGUAUUAAUAGAAUGGGAAUUGGGUUGAGAAGAGAGGGCUGGGAAGUGGAAUGCAUAGAUACCUUUGAUGAUACAUCCUAC